AUGGAAGAAAUCCAGAAUUUAGAAACGCCCAGAAUUCUGAGAAUGAACCAUGGAAUCGGCGAUCAAAGCUACGCCACAAACUCAAUCUCACAGCGCAAAUACCAAUCCGGAUCCCGCCCUCUGCUCCACCGCGCCGUCGCCGCCUUAUGCGCUGCCGAUUUGCCAAGCGCCAUCGCCGUCGCUGAUCUCGGCUGUUCUUCAGGACCGAACGCGCUCUUUGCGCUCUCGGAGAUCGUCGGCGUGAUCCACCGACGGUGCUGCGGAGAUCCGCCGGAGUUGAUGGUGUUUUUGAACGAUCUGGUGGAGAAUGAUUUCAACUCUGUUUUUAGAGGAUUGUCGAAAUUCUGUGAAAAUUUGAAAGAGAAGAAUGGCGGGGGAUCAUCGGUUUUGCGUGAAUGUUUUGUUGCCGGAGUUCCAGGAUCUUUCUAUGGAAGAUUGUUUCCUUUUAAGAGUCUCCAUUUUGUGCAUUCUUCUUCAAGUCUCCAUUGGCUUUCUCAGGUACCAAGAGAGCUGAUGAAUGAGAAAGGAAAGGGAAUAAGAAACAAAGGGAAGAUAUUCAUAUCAAAGACAAGCCCAAGUGAAGUAAUAGAAGCCUAUUAUGGUCAAUUCAAGAAGGAUUUCAAUUGUUUUUUGGAGUCAAGAUCAAAAGAAGUUGUGAGUGGUGGGAGAAUGGUGUUAACUUUUAGAGGAAGAAGACAACCAGAUCCAUGCCCUGAUGAAACUUGCCUUCUUUGGGAUUACUUGGGCCUAGCUUUUCAAGCUUUGGUCCAUCAGGGGCUUAUUGAGGAGGAAAAAUUGGACAACUACAACACUCCUUACUAUGAACCAUAUAUGGAGGAUGUGAAAAAAGAGAUAGAAAAAGAAGGGUCCUUCAAAAUAGAGAAUUUGGAAAUAAUUGCUUUGCCAUGGGAUGGUGUUAAUAAAGAUGGGGAAAGUUGUGAAAGAUCAAAGACAACUCAACAAAUGGCAAAGGCCAUUCAAGCAGUCAAUGAAUCUAUGAUAAGAAGCCAUUUUGGAGGUGAAAUUAUAGAGCCAUUGUUUAAGAGAUUUAGGGAAAUCAUGGAGGCUGAUACUAAAGAAGUGGAGCAUGUUAGUUUGGUGGUUUCUUUGGUUAGAAAAGAACUAUGA